GCGUUGGUUAGAGAAUCGCAGUACUGAUCACAGUAUGCGAACCCAAAAAAAAAAUCGAUUACUUUUAUGUUUUUGGUACCGAAAUCGACAAAAGUAGAAUUAAGUUUCCCUAUAUAUCAAAAUGAUACGGACCAUUGUGGGAGAGGCAUUUACCCGGCAGAAGCUUUCCGGUGGCAAAGUUCAUGAAAUUUUACAACAUGGAAAUAUAUUUGGAAUGCGGAGGUCAACAUCAUCUUAUCCCAUUGCAAGUACACAUAGUGAAAUAGAAAACCAACAUAAGAACGAAAAACUACUGAGGAGAUUGGUUACAUAUGUUGAGAAAUCUACAUACAUGGAGGAAGUACGAAUUGCUCAAAAUCGUGUCAUGAGUAUAAAGGGUCAGUUGCUAGCAGCUGGAGAUGAAAAACGUUCGCUAAUGCGUAAACUUGAAGAUAUUAGAAACGAACUGAACCACAUCUAUAAAGAUAUGAAAAUUAAUAGAACGAAGGAGGCGUAUUUAGAGUUAGCACGUCAGGAAAUUGAGCUUUGCGAGUCGGAAAAACAUUAUUCUGAUUUAUAUAAAAUGGCCGAUAAGAAGGAGCAACUGCUGUUUACCGAGUUUUCGGCUGCUAUUAAUGCAUCGUAUGAAAAAGAAAAACUGCACACAAACUUCAUUAAAAUUAUCAGUAUAGUUGGUACAGUUGCAAGUUCAUUCAUAGCUUUAAUAUUUUCUAUCUUCAUGCACACGUAUCACCAAAAAAUGUUUUUUAGUCAACGAACAUUAGAUGAAAACGUUGUUAAUACAGUCAAGGCUUUGGAAGAGAAAGUCACUGAAUUACUAACGGAAUGGGAUCAACAAAAAACUCUUCUAGAAAACAGUAAUAAAGCAGAGAAAGAAUCCUGGAGAAGUUACUUGUACCGGCAUACGCGAUGGAUGUACUCUUGGGCUAUAAAAUCUUCCUGAAUGGCUCAUGGUGAAUGUUUACUAAUGAUUGUAAAUAAACGAUACUUUAAGUAGACAUAAA